CCUCUGAUUACGUACCGGAAGCCAUGGCUGCUGAGCUUGUGGGUGGAGCAUUUCUCUCUGCCGCUGUUCAAGUUGCUUUUCAAAGGCUGGCGUCUUCUGACAUCACAAACUAUUUUCAAUCAAGAAAGCUCAAGGAUAGCUUGUUCAGCAAAAUUGAAAUCACUCUCAUUUCAUUGAAUCAAGUGCUUGAUGAUGCAGAAGCAAGGCAAUACACAAAGCCCAAUAUCAAGAAGUGGCUUCAUGAGCUCAAACAUGUUGUGUAUGUGGCCGAUGAACUCUUAGAUGAGAUUGCUACUGAGGCAACCAGGUUGAAGUUCGAAGCUGAGAAUGAAACUGCUACCAGUAAGGAUGUUCUGGGAUUGAAGGAAGGUUCCUGUGGUGGUAGUGAAGUUCGAAUUAGGAAAGUCUUCAACAGAUUGCCAACUACAUCUUUGGUGGCUGAUGAGUCCGGCAUAUAUGGUAGAGAUGGUGAUAAAGAAAAAAUGAUUGAGCUUUUGCUUAAUGAUGAUUUGAGUAGGAACCAAGUUUCUGUGAUUUCUAUAGUGGGUGUGGGUGGUUUAGGUAAGACUACCCUUGCUCAAUUAGUGUACAGCAACAAUAGGGUGGAGAAUCAGUUUCAACUCAAAGCUUGGGUGUGUAUUUCAGAAGAAUUUGAUGUUGUUAGAAUUACUCAAACAAUUCUUUCUGCACUUGGAUGCUUAGUAACUGCAUAUGAAGACCUUAAUCAGCUUCAGUUGAAAUUGAAAGAGAAAUUGGUGGGGAAGAAAUUUUUGCUGGUGCUUGAUGAUGUUUGGAAUGAGCGCCAAUCUGAUUGGAAGCCUUUCAAGUUCCUUUUUUCUAUGGGACAUUAG